GUCCAAUGCUCUAUCUAUUAUACCACAGUGAAGAAUUACUCUAUAUAUUAUAUUGAGACACAGUGAUAAAUGAUUAUCCCCAGGGACAUUGACUCAUAUAACUCAGACUACUUUUUAGACUUUUUAUAAUUUACAAGUCAACUUUUUCCAAUUUUUCUGUUUCUUCCCUUUCCAGCCAGCUGUCAUUGCUUGCUGCUCACAUUGAACUUGCCUAUAAGCAGCCUAUCCCCUUUUAAUUUUUGUAAAACAUGGCUGAAGACUCUCAAAGAAACUUUCGUUCAGUAUAUUAUGAAAAAGUUGGAUUUCGGGGUGUUGAAGAAAAGAAAUCAUUGGAAAUACUCCUCAAAGAUGAUCCUCUAGACAUUGAGAAACUUUGCACAUUUAGUCAGCGGUUCCCUCUCCCAUCUAUGUACCGAGGCCUCGUGUGGAAGGUGCUUUUAGGGAUCCUGCCUCCUCACUAUGAAUCUCAUGCUCAGGUGAUGAUGUACCGGAAGGAACAGUACACAGAUAUCCUGCACGCACUGAAAGUCAUUCGUUUUGUCAGUGAUUCCACUCCCCAGGUGGACAUCUACCUGCGCAUGUACCAGCUAGAAUCUGGAAAGUUGCCUCGAAGUCCUUCCUUUCCUUUGGAACCAGAAGAUGAAAUAUUUCUUGCCAUUGCCAGAGCUAUGGAAGAGAUGGUUGAAGAUAACGUUGACUGCUAUUGGCUUAUCAGAUGCUUUGUGAAUCAAUUAAAUAACAAGUUCCGGGAUUCCUUGCCCCAGCUGCCAAAGGCUUUUGAACAGUACUUGAAUCUUGAAGAUAGCCGACUCCUGAAUCACAUGAAGACCUGUUCUGCAGUAACCAGACUACCUUAUGAUCUCUGGUUUGAGAAGUGCUUUGCAGGGUGCUUACCUGAAUCUAGUUUACAGAGAGUUUGGGACAAAGUUAUAAGUGGUUCCUGCAAGAUCCUUGUUUUUGUUGCUGUGGAAAUUUUAUUAACCUUUAAAAUAAAAGUAAUGGCAUUGAACAAUGCUGAAAAAAUCACAAAGUUUUUGGAAAAUAUUCCUCAGGACAGUUCGGAUGCAAUUGUGAGUAAAGCCAUCGAUCUGUGGCAUAAACACUGUGGGACUCCAGUGCAUUCCAUGUAAGCCCUUCUUCACCUUUUGAACAUCCACCUGGUACACUGAAUUCAUGUUUUUUCAGAGGCUGACUACAGUUCAUCAUAAAUAUUUUCCUGAGUUGACUAAAACUGCUUUGGGGUUUGUUUUCAUUUUCAGUUUUUAUAAUGGUCUAAUGUUGAAAUUGUAAAUAUUUUUUCAAUAAAACUAUUUA